AUGCAAGCGCUUCGACACGCAGGCCCAGUGGCCCAGGGCCGGACCCCGCACGUGGCCGUAGUCGGCGCCGGGGUUGCCGGUCUUCGCUGUUCAGAUGUCCUCGCUCGCGCCGGAGUCAGAGUCACGGUACUCGAAGCCCGGAACCGCAUUGGCGGACGAGUUCACCAAGGCGAGUCGGGCGGUCAUCUGGUGGACAUGGGCCCGAACUGGAUCCACGGGACCAAGGGCAACCCGAUCAUGGGGCUGGCCGAGAAGACAGGCACGAAAGUCAUGGAGCCUGAGGAGGAGGGGGCGCUGUUCGACACGGGCGGGAUCCGACGUUCUGACGCCGAAGCCGUGGAUUUGUCCAGCAAGAUCUGGGAGAUGGUUGUCGGGGCGUUCAAGCAUUCGGAUGACCACUCUGCAACCAUCGACCCACAGACGAGUCUCUUCGACUACUUCAAGUCGCAGCUCGCAGAGACGGAAACGGGGGUCGACAGCAAGAAACGGCAGGAUCUGUUACACGAAGCACAAAUGUGGGGUCCCUUCGUUGGCGAUCCCGUCGAGAAACAGAGCCUCAAAUUCUUCUUCCUGGAAGAAUGUAUCGAAGGAGAAAACGUCUUUGUGGCAGGCACAUACAAGGACAUUCUCCGAGAAAUCGGACGCACCGCCACCGAUCCGGCCAAAGUUGACCUCCGCCUCGAGACGGAGGUGGUGCAUUUCGACACCACCGCUCCAAGCCCUGCCGGGGCCGGUGCCGAGCACAAAGUCACCGUCAGGACUGCGACAGGCGAGACCCUGACCUUUGACGAAGUCGUCAUCACAUGUCCGCUAGGCUGGCUCAAGCGCAACCACACCACGGCAUUUGCCCCGGCCUUACCGCCCAGACUGUCGGCGGCGAUCGAGCACAUCAACUACGGCCGCCUGGAGAAGUUGCACGUCACGUUCCCGACAGCAUUCUGGCUUUCGCAGCGGCAGGAGCAGCAGCACCAGCACGACGAGGCCGAUCCCAAGCACAAGCACAAGCACAGACAACCCCUCGAGCUGUCGACUUAUCCGAUCUUCACACACUUCCACGACCCAUCAUACAUCCCACACGCGGCCGACGAGGCAUGGAACCAAUCCGUAGUAUCGCUGGCCCAUCUCCCAUCUCCACAUGCCCACCCGACCCUGCUGUUCUACAUGUACGGGCCGUGUGCAACGCACGUGGUCCGAUCCGUGCAGGGCCUGCCACCCCAUUCGGCUGAAUACAACGCCGUGCUGACCGCCUUCGCCGAGCCCUUUUAUAGUCGCCUGCCGCACUAUUCGGCCGCCGACCCGUCGUGCACACCUACGUCGCUGCUCAUGACCCAGUGGCAGGCCGACCGCUUCGCCGGGAACGGGAGCUACUGCAAUUUCCAGGUCGGCUUGGAGCGCGGCGACGAAGACAUCGAAGUCAUGCGUGCCGCGGGCGGCAUCUCGUCUACGCGUGGCCUGUGGCUGGCCGGUGAGCAUACCGCCCCGUUCAUCGCCCUGGGCACCACCACCGGCGCUUGGUGGAGUGGCGAGGGCGUCGCCAGGAGAAUCUGUGCCGCGUACGGCGUCGACGUGCCCGAGGACGCGAUGGCGAGUGCAAUGGCGAUCACGGGCCAUCCGGACCUGGAAGAAGAAAAGAAGGUCCUCGAUGCAUCGAAACCAGACGCAGCAAACCUAGCCGGGCUGGCUAUCUGA